AUGUUGUGUCUUGCGAUUGCUCUAGUGGUGUUGUGUGCAGGAGUACACAGUCAGAACGCCGCCUCCUACACCAUUAACUCUGACGGCACCACCAACAUUGCUGGCAAGAUUGGGUUGGCAGGAAACGACCAGAAUGCAUUAAGCGCCUUAAUCUCCAAGUCAUCCACGGGAGCGAUUAGUAAAGGACUUGCUUGGGAUAAUGCGAACGGCCAUGGGCUAUCUGUGUCGCAGGCUAAUAUCCCAGGCUUCGGCAGUCAGUUGACCGGCGCGGGGAAGCUGAACUUGCUACACAACGAGAACCACAACCUGAAUGCGAACGCCUUCGUUACCAAAAAUAUGCCGAACAUUCCUCAAGUACCUAACUUCAACACCGUCGGUGGCAACCUCGAUUACACCUUCAAGGAUCGAGUGGGCGCUACCCUGGGCGCCGCCAGGACCCCAUUCUUGCAGCGCACCGAUUACUCAGCGAUGGGAAAGCUGAACCUGUUCCAGUCACCCUCCACCUCUGUAGACCUCAACGCUGGUUUCUCUAAGUCCGUGUCACCACAUAUCAACACUAAAUGGGAACCAUCAGGAGGAUUGUCUUUUACCAGAUUUUUUAAUGGGAAAUAA